CGACACCUGUUGUGUUACCUGUACUGCCCCAUCUACCUCAUGUCUUGUCGUUAUUGCCGUAAUUUUACGAUUACUGACAUAUACCCGACAUAGCUCAUCACCCAUUCCUCUGAUGAAGUUCCAAUACCACCUAGUCAGUGUCUUUGCACAGGCGCUCCUCCCGCGCAAUGUUAAGUCAGUUUGAGUAACAUAAGUGGCAUACUCGGCUUUCAGUUCCAUGAUGUUGUGUUGAAGAUGAUUGUGUAUUAUUGGCGAUCAUUGAUCAAUCACCUCGUGCUAGAUCCUAUAGAUAGACUACGAUCUGUAUGCCUAGAACCAUUAGCAAUCGUCAAUAAAAUUUUACGCUCGGUACAGCAGCUGACGUUGGCAUGGAAAUUUAUCUGUAUCAUCACACGGGCGUCGACUAGAUAUCGCCGAUCUUUUGGCUUCUUGUUCUCACUAAAGUUCACAUCAUCUGUUAAUCUCAUACCACCAUGGCCUCUCAGACGUACCAACUCUUUUGCAUUGGUAACCCCCUCCUCGACGUACAGGUUACCAACGGUGAGGAGCUGCUCAAGAAGUACGAUCUGAAGGCCAACGAUGCCAUCCUUGCGGAGGAGAAGCACAUGUCAAUCUACGAUGAGAUCGUGAAGAACUACAAGGUCACAUACGUUGCUGGCGGUGCUUCUCAAAACGCUGCCCGGGGAGCUGCAUAUGUCCUUCCCCCCAAUUCAGUGGUCUACACUGGCUGCGUGGGAGAUGACAACCUGGCGGAGCAACUGCGGGCGGCAAACAAGCGUGAGGGCCUGCGAGAGGUCUACCUCGUCAAGCCAGGCCAAAGGACGGGUGCAUGUGCCGUCGUCCUCACAGGGCACCAUCGCUCCCUGGUCACGACCCUCCAGGCAGCUGAGAUGUUCGAGCAAUCACAUCUCUCUUCCCCUACCGUUGCUCCCUUGGUGGACGCCGCAAAUGUCUUUUACGUAGAAGGCUUUUUCCUGACGCACGGCGCGUCCAUUGUGCUCGAGCUCAGCAAAAAGGCAUCCGCCGCUUCCAAGACAUUCGCUCUAAACUUCUCGGCGCCUUUCAUCCCGCAGUUCUUCGGCACCCAGCUGCAGUCCAUUCUCCCCUACUGCGACAUCAUCAUCGGCAACGAGACCGAGGCUGAGGCAUACGCAGCUGCAAACGGUCUGCCAGACACCAAGGACCUUGCUGCGAUUGCCAAGGCUGUUGCAAUUUCCCCUAAAUCGAACAAAUCUCGUCCGCGUGUUGUGGUCUUCACGCACGGCGCUGACCCUAAGAUCUUCAGUGUCAGCCCCAUCGACGACAAGUUCAUCGUCGACACUAACGGUGCUGGCGAUGCGUUCGCGGGUGGUUUCCUCGGCGCAUACGUCGCUGGUAAGAGCUUCGAUGAGUGUGUCGAGGUUGGACACAAGAUGGGUGCUAUGUGUGUUCAGCUUGUUGGUCCCCAGUUCCCGUGGCCCAAGGUCUCCGUUCUUUAA